GCGCAGGGUCACGUUGGGCGGCGCAGACAAAGGCGGGCGCGCGCACGUCCUGACGCAGCUUGGGCCCGCGGCAGCGGCAAGGGCGGGAGGGAGCGCUCGCCGCGGGAUUUGGAGCUGCCUAGCCUCGCGGUCGCUUUGGUAGCAUGUAAGCAGCUGUUUGCCAAGAACCCAGGUCACUGCUAAGAAAGGGUGCCUUCGGAAGAAGAGUGUCCAGAGGAAACCAAUGCCAGAUGCAUCUGGAGUUACACUCAGCACUCGCAGUAUGAGACAUUGUGUGCCAGCAUCUCUUUCCUUCUGGCAAAGACUGUAGCUCUCCAGGUAGGAGGAUCCUGGAAGCUGUGAGCACCAGGAGCCUUGCCAGAGGAGGAUGGGGCCAGAUAUGAACUCUCUACCAUGAACAUGGUUCUCGGCUUAUGAAGGAAUUUUAAGUAAAACAAUUAUUUAAUUUCCACAUAUUCAAGUCAAAAGCCUUCUGUGUGAAGUGCCAGUGAUUACCCCUCCACAGGAGUUAUCAGGAUUUUUCUGGCACCAAGUUUAAUUCUUCUUGGUACUUCUGGUAGUGACAGAUCUGCAGGACAGAUUUAUCUGUUGAAUGCUCUUGGGCAGGAAAACCAUGUAAAACCUCUGGAAGCAGCAUCAGGACAGCAGAGCAGAGCCCCCGUCCUCACUGCUCACUUGCACAGAAACUCUAUCUGGACUCGGAUGCUUUUACUGAAGACCCAUCUAGCUUCAGUCAUCUUUAGAGUCCAUCCGUUCUGAGGAGACCUGGCGUUUGCAGUUGCCUCCUGUGGCCGUGUUUUUCUGUCAUUCUGUUCCCAGGCCUUCUUUUCAGGCGGUUGAAGGGUGUGGACUUUGGAAUGGGGUUUGCUGUUCUUCGGGAACUUGCUUCCUUUCCCUGGCUUGUGCCAUCGGAAAGGACCAUCUGAAGGCUGCAAUUUGUUCUUAGGGAGGCAGGUGCUGGCCUGGCCUGGAUCUUCCACCAUGUUCCUGUUGCUGCCUUUUGAUAGCCUGAUUGUCAACCUUCUGGGCAUCUCCCUGACUGUCCUCUUCACCCUCCUUCUCGUUUUCAUCAUAGUGCCAGCCAUUUUUGGAGUCUCCUUUGGUAUCCGCAAACUCUACAUGAAAACUCUGUUAAAAAUCUUUGCGUGGGCUACCUUGAGAAUGGAGCGAGGAGCCAAGGAGAAGAACCACCAGCUUUACAAGCCCUACACCAACGGAAUCAUUGCAAAGGAUCCCACUUCACUAGAAGAAGAGAUCAAAGAGAUUCGUCGAAGUGGUAGUAGUAAGGCUCUGGACAACACUCCAGAGUUCGAGCUCUCUGACAUUUUCUACUUUUGCCGGAAAGGAAUGGAGACCAUUAUGGAUGAUGAGGUGACAAAGAGAUUCUCAGCAGAAGAACUGGAGUCCUGGAACCUGCUGAGCAGAACCAAUUAUAACUUCCAGUACAUCAGCCUUCGGCUCACGGUCCUGUGGGGGUUAGGAGUGCUGAUUCGGUACUGCUUUCUGCUGCCGCUCAGGUGAGGCAGGGCCUGCGGGAGUGGGGCUCGCUGCUGCCACCCCACGUGGUGCACAGCCCACCUGCCUGCUCUGCUGUGUAUUCCCGUUUUAGAAAGGAGGAGGGAAUGACUGUCAUUAGCCAGGCCGCGUGACUCUUUGGAGGGCUACACUGGUGAUUCUCCUUUAGAGGCCCUUGGAUUCUCUGCAUAUCAGACAGAAAUAGUUGAAUUUCUUAAAGACAGCUUGCUUCUCUAGAUGACAGCAAACACAGGGACAGGGAACAUUGUGUGCUUUCUGCCACUCCUUCCUGGACAUGGCUCAUUCUUUCCUGAAGCUUGCCUCUCAGGUACAGAGGCAGUAUUGAUCUUUCAGCUUCUCUGCACCAUGUGCUGCUCUGAGUGUGCCUUGCCAGAUGCUAAUACCUUCAAGCUCCACCUCCUGUUGCUUCAGAGGGAAGCUGUGCUUCCACCGGGGUUUCCAGCCAAAGGGAAGGGGAGGGCAGCAGGGAGCAGCCCUGUGGCAGAAUGGCCAGCUUAGGGUUUUCCAGCCUUCCAGCUGCCUGAGGCCUCAGGAGAUGCAGGCAGCUGAGAGCCAGACCCAUGGCUCACUGUCAGCUGGAAUCAAAAGGAUCUCUGGUUCUGAUAGGCCUGCUUACAUUUCUAGGUGAACUCUGGUCCAGGUCCCAGGAUAGCACUGGCUUUCACAGGGAUUAGCCUUUUGGUGGUGGGCACAACUGUGGUGGGAUACUUGCCAAAUGGGAGGUUUAAGGAGUUCAUGAGUAAACAUGUUCACUUAAUGUGUUACCGGAUCUGCGUGCGAGCGUUGACAGCCAUCAUCACCUACCAUGACAGGGAAAACAGACCAAGAAAUGGUGGCAUCUGUGUGGCCAAUCAUACCUCGCCGAUCGAUGUGAUCAUCUUGGCCAGCGAUGGCUAUUAUGCCAUGGUGGGUCAAGUGCACGGGGGACUCAUGGGUGUGAUUCAGAGAGCCAUGGUGAAGGCCUGCCCACACGUCUGGUUUGAGCGCUCGGAAGUGAAGGAUCGCCACCUGGUGGCUAAGAGACUGACUGAACAUGUGCAAGAUAAAAGCAAGCUGCCUAUCCUCAUCUUCCCAGAAGGAACCUGCAUCAAUAAUACAUCGGUGAUGAUGUUCAAAAAGGGAAGUUUUGAAAUUGGAGCCACAGUUUACCCUGUUGCUAUCAAGUAUGACCCUCAAUUUGGCGAUGCCUUCUGGAACAGCAGCAAAUACGGGAUGGUGACGUACCUGCUGCGAAUGAUGACCAGCUGGGCCAUUGUCUGCAGCGUGUGGUACCUGCCUCCCAUGACUAGAGAGGCAGAUGAAGAUGCCGUCCAGUUUGCGAAUAGGGUGAAAUCUGCCAUUGCCAGGCAGGGAGGACUUGUGGACCUGCUGUGGGAUGGGGGCCUGAAGAGGGAGAAGGUGAAGGACACGUUCAAGGAGGAGCAGCAGAAGCUGUACAGCAAGAUGAUCGUGGGGAACCACAAGGACAGGAGCCGCUCCUGAGCCUGCCUCCAGCUGGCUGGGGCCACCGUGCGGAGUGCCGACGGGCUCAGAGCUGGAGUUGCCGCCGCCACCCCCACUGCUGUGUCCUUUCCAGACUCCAGGGCUCCCCGGGCUGCUCUGGAUCCCAGGACUCCGGCUUUCGCCGAGCCGCAGCGGGAUCCCUGUGCACCCGGCGCAGCCUGCCCUUGGUGGUCUAAACGGAUGCUGCUGGGUGUCGCGACCCAGGACGAGAUGCCUUGUUUCUUUUACAAUAAGUCGUUGGAGGAAUGCCAUUAAAGUGAACUCCCCACUUUGCACGCUGUGCGGGCUGAGUGGUUGGGGAGAUGUGGCCGUGGUCUUGUGCUAGAGAUGGCGGGACAAGAGUCUGUUAUGCAAGCCCGUGUGCCAGGGAUGUGCUGGGGGCGGCCACCCGCUCUCCAGGAAAGGCACAGCUGAGGCACUGUGGCUGGCUUCGGCCUCAACAUCGCCCCCAGCCUUGGAGCUCUGCAGACAUGAUAGGAAGGAAACUGUCAUCUGCAGGGGCUUUCAGCAAAAUGAAGGGUUAGAUUUUUAUGCUGCUGCUGAUGGGGUCACUAAAGGGAGGGGAAGAGGCCAGGUGGGCCGCUGACUGGGCCAUGGGGAGAACGUGUGUUCGUACUCAGGCUAACCCUGAACUCCCCAUGUGAUGCGCGCUUUGUUGAAUGUGUGUCUCGGUUUCCCCAUCUGUAAUAUGAGUCGGGGGGAAUGGUGGUGAUUCCUACCUCACAGGGCUGUUGUGGGGAUUAAAGUGCUGCGGGUGAGUGAAGGACACAUCACGUUCAGUGUUUCAAGUACAGGCCCACAAAACGGGGCAGGGCAGGCCUGAGCUCAGAGCUGCUGCACUGGGCUUUGGAUUUGUUCCUGUGAGUAAAUAAAACUGGCUGGUGAAUGAA